AUGUCGACGGAAGAACAAGCAGACGGCGCACCGUCUUCGGCUUCGGAUGCCGGGCUCAAGAUCUGGAGCUGUGUCACUUGCCGCCGCCGGAAGGUCAGAUGCGAUAGGCGAGACCCAUGCUCCAACUGCAUUCGAGCCGCCAUCGACUGCCACUACCCAGUGACUGGGCGUGUUCCGCGGCGCAGCAGAGACCCGUCGGUUUGGAAGUCGCCUGCGCAGAAGCAAUCAGAGCUUCUGAGCCGCCUUCGUCGCCUUGAAGCAGUUGUUACGGAGCUUUCUGCUCAAGUGGAGGAGGGUCCCGGCGAACCAAGUGCAAAUCCAGCGUCUGAUCAGCCCAACCCGUCGUUGUCUGUCAGUGGCAACACCUCCAGUCCGGAUGCCACCCAGUCAGAGGCCAGAUCCGUCGGCCAAUCGCUGACCAGUUCCGCCAGCGAUGCCCUCAGCUUUGUUCCCGGAAGCGAGUUUGAUGAAGAAUUCGGCCGGUUGGUUGUCGACAAAGACGGUAGUCGCCAUGUGGGCAAUCGCUUUUGGUCCGUCUUUUGCGACGAGGUGGACAACAUUCUUCAAGCAGUACAUGAUGUUGCUGAUUACAAUGAGCCAAAUGAUUCUACGAUCCCCGAGACGGCGCCUAGUGGUAAUCUCGGCCAUCAGGGCUUCGUCUUCGGACAUGGCGCCAGCUCGGGGAGCCUGGAUGCGCUGAAUCCGCUACCCUCCCAAAUGCUCUUCAUCUGGCAGACGUUCGUCGAAAGGGUUGAUAUAUUCAUCAAAAUCCUUCACGUUCCAACCAUGGACAAAGUAAUUCGUGAGCUAAAAGGGAACUUCAGCUCUCUCAGCCCCAGCAUGGAACCCUUGCUGUUUGCCAUUUCGCUUGCAGCCAUUGUAUCCAUGGACGACGAAGCCGUGGCAACCAAUUUCAACGCACCUAAGGCACAUCUUCUUGCACGCUAUCGACUUGGAACUGAGCAGGCUCUUGGUCAAGCUGAGUUCCUCGUCACCAAGCAAAUAGUUGUCGUGCAGGCAUUUGUCAUCUACCUCUCUGUCCUGCCACAUAUCGGGGCAGGCGAUUCAGCAUGGCCAUUGACUGGACUUCUCAUAAGGGUUGCCAAAUCCCUAGGACUGCAUCAGAACCAGAACAAUAAGAGCCAGCUUGAAACCGAGCUUCGUCGUCGCCUGUGGUGGCACAUUUGUUUCCUCGACUCGAAAACCCAGAGACCGUGUCUGAGAGACCUAUCAAUAUCGGAAACCUCAUUUGACACCGAGCUGCCUGGAACCACAGAUGACACGCAGCUGGAUUCUCUCACUUCAACCGCCGCCCUACCCGACAUAAAGUCAUCCAAUAUGAUCCCCUGCCUCGUCAGAUGCGGAAUCUGGCGUGUUGUACAAGCUCUACAGGCAAAUUCCACCAACACUCCGCAGAUCAAGCUGCAGAUCUUCCAAGCGGCAAAGUCGAAGAUUCAGAGUAGCUAUCUUCAAGGUCUUCGCUCGGAACUCGCACUUGACAGCUUCAUCACGACACUGGUAUCGCUGUUCUUUGCGAAAGUGGAAUUGGUUCUCCAUAGACCUUUGGUCUCAGCAAAAACGCAAACGUCUUGUACACCACACAGCCAACAUUAUAUGUUUUCUGCCCUAAAAGCUUCCAUUACGAUCAUCAAGGCAGUUCAUGCACUCAUCACCGAGCCCACCUGGGUCAAUUGGCGCUGGCAGCUGGCGGGCCACGUUCCCUGGCAUGCCAUUGGCGUCUUCCUGCGACAAGCCUGCCGUCAGCCUUGGGGGCUAGAGUCUGAGCAAGUGUGGAUUACAACAAAGGGUCUACUUGAGUCAGCAUCGGCGGAUGCGAAGAAAGCCAGUCUCUGGCUGCCUUUGGUGGGACUGGCGAAGACAACCGAGACUUACCGCGAGGGAGAACUGACACGCUGGAAGGCGGAGACGCUGGGUGGACAGCCUUUACCUGCGCUUCCUGUCGACCAAUGGGUGGAUAAAAUUGCAGAGACUACAGAUGACAACCUCUCUUUUCCAACAAACCAGCUGCAUGACAUGGUCAUUGAGCCUCAAGCUUCCAAUUCCAGAUGUGAGCCGACACUCGAAACCCCAACAAUUCUCCAAGCGGAAAGCAUACCACAGUCUUCGGAGCCUUUGGGAAGUUUGCUGGGAAAUCAACCAUCCGGGUUGCAUUUCCAGUCCGCCAAUCCUACCCUGUGGUCUCCGCUGGCUGAGGUCGAGGCUUUGGGCCAAAUCGAACCAUCGAAUCUCACCCAACCGGACGAGGCGAGUCUCAUGGAUUGGGAUAUAUGGGAGGCGAUGAGAGGGGUAGAGCCAGUUUGGGAUUUGUUUUGA